CACUCAAUUCAAGAGGAAGCCAAAGGCUACAACCAAGGAAACAAGGAGAAAGGUUGCCAAGGUCGAUGUUUCCUUCGGACGCAGGUAACACAUUCAAGUUAAGUUUUGCAUGUCAAGAUUAUUCUCUUGCACAUCAAAUAGCAUACAUGCAUAGAAGUGACUGACCUUGGCUAAGUGUGUCUGAAAGAAGAAUAUAUUCUCCCUCUACAAUAUCUAGAAGAGUGCAAGAAAUUAAGAACAUUGGCAUCUCACUAGCAUGUCUAUGUGUCAAGAAAUUAAGAAUAUUGAGUCUCCUAGUGCCACAUGGUGCAAACCGACAGCGGCCAAAGAAGCAGUGUGAAGAUGUACAUUUGAAAAAGAGAAUGAACCUGAGAAGCACUGAAAGAAGAAUAUCAGAACAUUUCUGAUGACAAUGUUUUUUUGUUUUUUUGUCUAUAUUCUUGUUCAUAUAGAAAGUGAUGUAUUGUGUUAUGAUUAUGGUUGAAAUUGGAAUGAAGUAUAUAUUCUUGUGACAUCUGUAAUAUUCUGUGUCCAAUUUUGCAGCCUUUAAAUUCAAGUCCCAGACACAACAUGUAGAUAAUGUUAAGGGAGACCCUUCAGAAUGAAUGCAAACAGGCAACAACUCACUGCACUUGAAGCUGAUUCUGUCUGCCUUCACAAUUUCUUUUCUGGAAAUUCAACAUCAAUGGAUCCAAAAAGAAUCAUGGAGAUACUUGCAGCAAAUACAGAAACAAUCAAGCAUAUUCGAGUCACCUACCGUGCUCUUUAUAAUCAUGAACUCCUCCAUGUUCUUGCCCAACUGCAUGAUUCUUUCUCCAGGGCAGCUUACCUUCGAGUGAGUGAAGCUUCCAAGCGAGAUGCUGAGAUAAUAAGGGCAGCACUUUUUGGAAGCAAUGUUGAUCUUAACACCAUCAUCGAAAUAAUUUGUACACAAUCGACUUCUGAGUUGAAAUCUUGUGAACAAGCAUAUCAGAUUAAGUACAACUCCAAACUUGGGAAAGAUGUUUCUGAUAAGACAAAAGGCAGCAUGAAGGAGAUUCUGAUGGGAGUUCUGAAAACUAAAAAGGAAGAGAGAGAUGACACGAGCUUGGCGAUCUGCGAUGCAAAGGUACUCUAUGAAGCAAUAGAAAGUGGAAGAUACAUUGAUCAAAAGAACAUAAUCCUCAUACUGGCAAACAGAAGCACAUGCCAAAUGAAAACUACAUUCUCCUCUUUUAAACAACUCUAUGGCCAUGAGUUCAAGAAGAUUCUGAAAAAGGACAAGUGUGGUGAAUUUGGUAAGAAUCUACGCAUAGUAAUUCAAUGCAUUCAGUCACCUGAAAAGCACUACGCGAAGCAACUGCAAAGAAGAUUGAUGGUCGGUGAUGUGCAAACCCUUCUGAUAAGAAUAGUGGUGUCACGUUUCAAUAUCGAUAUUAAGAGCAUAAACAGUAGUUUCACCGUCAAGACUGGUCGGACCCUGGAAAGUCUGAUAAGGAAUGAAUUCUGCAGCAGCAGCAGUCGUGACAGUGAUAAAUCAAAAAGCUUGGUCGGCGACCUCCUUAUUGCGCUCAUCAACAACUCCAAGAACAUGUCUCGCUGAACUUGCCUUGUCAAAGAAAUAUAUAGCAAUAAAAUUGAAAAGACGAAGAGAAGAUUAUUACUGUAGAUAGGUGGAAUACUUCUGAUGGUAUUUAGAUCUUCGCUAAAGCUGCUUCAUAUUGAAUUCUGAAAAUA